CUACUUUAUAUGUGGAUUAUAUGUUAACAUGAUAAGGAAAGGCUUUCUUGUGACUGCAUGUCUCUUUAUACAUAUGCUCUCCCCAGGACUGAGUGUUUCAUUUGGUAUCUUGUACAGAGAAAUGCGACUAGAGUUUGGAACAAGCCAUACGGAAGCGGCAUGGAUUGCGUCUAUUUUCAAUGGAUUAUUAGGAUUUGUUGGUAUCCCUCUCAGUUUAGUUGCUAAUAAAAUAGGUGAAAGAUGGCCAACAGUUUGUGGUUCACUACUUCUAGCUUUAGGUAUGCUGACAAGUAUGUUUGCAAAGAAGACCAGCAUAAUGUACGUGACUUACGGCCUACUUGCAGGCUCAGGAGCCGGAAUGAUAGAUUUCUGUGCAAAUACACAUCUUGUUGCAAACUUCAACGAUAAAUGGCGCCCUGUUGCUGCGACAGUUACUAAUGCUGGAGUACCACUGAGCGCAUUAAUAUUACCACCAAUCCUUACAAUAGUGAUUGAACAAUUCGAUUUGAAGAAGGCGUUACUGUUUCUUGCCUGUUUGUCGUUGCUAGGGGUACCAGCGGGUCUCUGUUUCUAUCCACAGAAACUAACCGAUAUCUCCCAGUCGGAAUCAAUUACCG